UUGGUCUGAGGUGGCAAACGUCAAAAUCGAAUAGUGUUUGAUUCUGGGAUUUGCAUUUAAUUGCUAAUUUCAAUAAAUAAAGUGACAAAAUGAAGUAUAAACUAUUAUUAUUCUUAACUGUAAUACUUACAUAUUAUGAAGGAAAUGCACAGAGCCGUGGUAAAGGGCUUGAAGAAAAAGUCCAGCAGUUAACAGACCUUACGCUUAAGAAGUCAAUAGUAUCUCUUAACCUAAAUAAAUUCAAGGAGUAUGUGAAGUCUCCGCCCAGAGAUUACUCCUUUGUCAUAAUGUUUACUGCCAUGGCUCCAGCUCGUCGCUGUGCUAUCUGUCAACAUGUUUAUGACGAGUACUUGAUUGUAGCCAACUCCUUCAGAUUCUCACCAGCGUAUAACAACAAGCUAUUCUUUGGUAUUGUUGAUUUUGAUGAAGGUUCUGAUAUCUUCCAAAUGCUACGACUCAACACUGCACCAGUGAUUAUGCACUUCCCUGCAAAGGGUAAGCCUAAACCAGCUGAUUCCAUGGACUUUGAGAGAUCUGGAAUACAUGCUGAAGCUAUUGCCAAAUGGAUACAAGACAGGACUGAUGUUCAGAUCAGAGUGUUCAGACCACCAAACUACUCGGGAGCUGUAGCAUUCUCAAUGCUAUUCAUAUUGGUCGCCGGAUUCCUCUACCUCAGAAGGAAUAACUUGGAGUUUCUAUACAACAAGCAAAUGUGGGCCGUGUGUGCUGUGUUCUUUUGUUUCGCCUUUGUGUCCGGACAAAUGUGGAAUCACAUUAGAGGCCCACCGUUCUUCCAUAGGACUAAGAAUGGGCCUGUGUACAUCAAUGGCGGGUCCCAUGGACAGUUUGUCCUUGAGAGCUACAUUGUUGCUGUUUUGAACGGUGCAGUUGUCGUGGGUAUGAUACUCAUGAUUGAAGCGGCAGGUGGAGUCAAGAAUACAGAAGUGGUUCGUUCCCAGGCUGAGGGCAAACGUCGCCGCUUCCAAUCCGUCGUGGGUUUGGUGCUCGUCUGUGUAUUCUUUUCUCUCCUGUUAUCUGUGUUUAGAGCUAAAACACAGGGCUAUCCUUAUAGCUUCCUUUUCAAGUGAGGAGUUCGAAUACUAGUGAAUAAGACCGACGUGUUAGUCGUAUGUGUGUGUGCAAUUAUAUUUCAUAAUGAUGAGUGUCCGUAUUUUGUUCCUCGGUUGGUCAAUAAACUUGUUUCUAUUUAUUAUUAUUUGUUUCUUUCUAGUAGCGCUUGUAAUAGCAGCUUGCUGGAAACUCUCAACUCUAAAUAAUAAC